GGCGGAACGGCGGCGGAACGGCGGGAGGAGUCAUGGCGCAGGCAGGAGAGCGGCCGGAGCUCGGCGCCACUCCCAACAUGGCGGCGGCGCUGCCCCGGCUCUCCCUGCCGCUCCCGCGAGAAGGAGGGGUGAGUCCUCGCGAGAGCUCGGCGUGCGCGGCGGAGACAUGGAGCCGGGCGGCGGCGGCGCGGGGCCGCUCCCGGCCAACAACAAGGCCCGAGGCGGGGCGGCGCCGCCCGGGAAGGGCCGCGAUUUGGGCCGUCCCCCGCGGAAGGACUCCGAGGGCUACUCGGAGUCCCCCGACCUGGAGUUCGAGUAUGCGGACACCGAUAAGUGGGCAGCGGAGCUGUCUGAGCUGUACAGCUACACGGAGGGCCCGGAGUUUCUGCUCAACCGCAAGUGCUUUGAGGAGGACUUCAGGAUCCAUGUGCGGGACAAGAAGUGGACAGAGCUGGACAAGAAGCAGCACCGCACCCACGCCAUGCGGCUGCUGGACGGGCUGGAGGUCACCGCCCGGGAGAGGAGGCUGAGGGUCGCCCGAGCAAUCCUUUAUGUUGCCCAAGGCACGUUCGGGGAGUGCAGCUCUGAGGCCGAGGUGCAGGCCUGGAUGAGGUACAACAUCUUCCUGCUGCUGGAAGUGGGCACGUUCAACGCGCUGGUGGAGCUGCUGAACAUGGAGAUUGAUAACAGUGCGGCGUGCAGCAGCGCGGUGAGGAAGCCUGCCAUCUCCCUGGCUGACAGCACGGACCUGAGGGUGCUGCUGAACAUUAUGUACCUGAUCGUGGAGACGGUCCGGCAGGAGGCUGAGGGGGACAAGGCUGAGUGGAAGAGCAUGAGACAGACCUUCCGAGCAGAGCUGGGAGCCCCUCUGUACAACAACGAGCCCUUCUCUGUGAUGCUCUUUGGGAUGGUGACCAAAUUCUGCAGCGGCCACGCUCCACACUUCCCCAUGAAGAAGGUGCUGCUUCUGCUCUGGAAGACUGUGCUGUGCACCCUGGGGGGCUUUGAGGAGCUCCAGAGCAUGAAGGCAGAGAAGAGGGAGGUUCUGGGCCUCCCACCACUCCCAGAGGACAGCAUUAAAGUCAUCCGCAACAUGAGAGCUGCGUCCCCCCCGGCGUCGGCCUCCGACCUCAUUGAGCAGCAGCAGAAGCGAGGCCGGCGGGAGCACAAGGCCCUGAUUAAGCAGGAUAACCUCGAUGCCUUCAAUGAGAGGGACCCAUACAAAGCUGACGACUCCCGAGAGGAAGAGGAAGAAAACGAUGAUGACAACAGCUUGGAGGGAGAGACAUUCCCCCUUGAACGUGAUGAGGUGAUGCCUCCGCCCACCCAGCAUCCCCCCAGCGACCGCAUCACCUGCCCCAAGGGGCUGCCCUGGGCACCCAAGGUCCGAGAGAAGGACAUCGAGAUGUUCCUGGAGUCCAGUCGCAGCAAGUUCAUCGGCUACACGCUGGGCAGCGACACCAACACUGUGGUGGGGUUGCCCAGGCCCAUCCACGAGAGCAUCCGAACCCUGAAACAGCACAAGUACACCUCGAUCGCAGAGGUGCAGGUGCACAUGGAGGAUGAGUACUUACGCUCCCCGCUCUCCGGGGGGGAAGAAGAAGUGGAGCAAGUCCCUGCUGAGAUCCUGUACCAGGGCCUGCUGCCGAGCCUGCCGCAGUACAUGAUUGCUCUGCUGAAGAUCCUCCUUGCUGCAGCCCCCACUUCCAAAGCCAAAACGGACUCCAUCAACAUCCUGGCAGACGUCUUGCCGGAGGAGAUGCCGACCACAGUGCUGCAGAGCAUGAAGCUGGGGGUGGAUGUCAAUCGGCACAAGGAGAUCAUCGUCAAAGCCAUUUCUGCCGUGUUGCUCCUCCUGCUCAAGCACUUCAAACUGAAUCACAUCUACCAGUUUGAGUACAUGGCCCAGCAUCUGGUGUUUGCCAACUGCAUCCCGCUCAUCCUGAAGUUCUUCAACCAGAACAUCAUGUCUUACAUCACUGCCAAGAACAGCAUUUCCGUCCUGGACUACCCGUACUGUGUGGUGCACGAGCUGCCGGAGCUGACAGCGGAGAGCCUGGAGGCAGGAGACAACAACCAGUUCUGCUGGAGGAACCUGUUCUCCUGCAUCAACCUGCUGCGCAUCCUCAACAAGCUGACCAAGUGGAAGCACUCCCGCACUAUGAUGCUGGUGGUGUUCAAGUCAGCACCCAUCCUGAAGCGGGCGCUGAAGGUGAAGCAGGCCAUGAUGCAGCUCUACGUGCUGAAGCUGCUCAAGGUGCAGACCAAGUACCUGGGCCGGCAGUGGAGGAAGAGCAACAUGAAGACCAUGUCGGCCAUCUACCAGAAAGUGCGGCACCGCCUGAACGAUGACUGGGCUUAUGGCAACGACCUGGAUGCCCGACCCUGGGACUUCCAGGCAGAGGAAUGUGCCCUGCGUGCCAGCAUCGAGCGCUUCAACUCGCGCCGCUACGACCGGGCUCACAGCAACCCCGACUUCCUGCCCGUGGACAACUGCCUGCAGAGCGUGCUGGGCCAGCGAGUGGAGCUGCCCGAGGAUUUCCAGGUCAACUACGACCUGUGGCUGGAACGGGAGGUCUUCUCCCGACCCAUCUCCUGGGAGGAGCUGCUGCAGUGAUGGCGCUGUGGGAAGGCAGGAGGGGGUGUUGGGGGAGAGCUUUGAGGUUAGGGGGGGCAAAGCCGUGGGUGCUGGGGGGGGGCUGUGGGUGCCUGGCCUCCUGCAGCAGGGCUGGGGGGGAUCUGAGGCGCCAUCCAGCCCCUCUGCCUCCUUCCGGGCUGUGCCGUGCUUCACCCCAUGCAGAGGUCAGUGGGGCAGGGAAGGGCCCUUUGGUGCCGCUGUGGGUCGCUGGGUGCUGUGACAGGAACACCAGGCGGUGUGCCCCCCCCCGGGCAGACACAGAGGGGGGGUGGGAGUGCAGUGGUGGUGGGGUUGGAGGCUGCAGUGUUCCCUCACCCCGCUGGGUGGGGUGGAUGAGCUGUACAUAUAUAAUAUAUAUACAUAUAUAUAUUCGUGGUAGCUCUGAA